AUGCCCAAGCGCACCAUGGGAGGAAGGGCCGACGCCGGGGCCGACGCCGGGGCCGACGCCAUGGCGCACGAACCAUCCAAGCACCGUGCGAAGCUGCACAUGGAGAAACUGCUCCCAGCCGGCAAGGGGUCCAGCCGGCAGCAGGGCGGCCUUGACGUCGUCGACCACGUCCAGGCUCCGGUGCAGGUGUCACUUACGCUGGAGCAGGUGGCUCCUCCGCCGGAGCAGGUGACUCCUCUGCCACGCCAUCUGCCUCCUCUGCCACGCCAUCUACCUCCUCUGCCGCAGCCCGUGGUCAACAUCGACGGUGACGACGACGAAGAAGAGGUAACUGCUCUGGCUCCUCAGACGGAGCAGGUGUCUCCUCUGCCGCGGGUGACACCUCCGGUGCCCGAGCCUGUGGUCGUCGGCGAUGUCAACAAAGAAGACAUUAGUCAUCUAUCUCCUUUAAUUGUAGCUCCUCUGGCUUCUCUGCCGGAGCAGGUAGUGGAUCCUCACCCUCAGCCGGGUGUUCGUCUGCCGUGGUUGUUGCCUCCCCUGCCCCCACCUGUGGUCGUCGCCGACGAGAAUGAAGAAGAGGUGAUGAAAGGCGACCUGUCGAGUACCAUCAACUAUGCAGUCGGAACAUCCCAAGGCAGCAUCAAGAAUGGCUACGCUUUUAGGGUGAAGCACGCCGCGUAUGCCGACUACUUGAGGAGGCUUCUUUGA